AUGGAGCCCCAGAUAGACAACGCUUUCGCCAUCCGCGGGUAUAUCAGAGCCGCCAGAGCCCAAACCACAGAAGAUGACGUCGAAUUUUUCAAGUAUACGCUCAUCAAACUCUGCCUCCUCUUCUUCGUCUACCACCUCGGUUGCAAUGAAGUCCUCUCCUCGUUUUACCAGACCUUGGAGAACCCCAGAGAUGGUCUCCCAAAGCUGAAGACCUCGGCGUCGACUUACCUCCAAAAUGUCAUAAACACCAUUAAAGCUGGCUUCCUGUUGCUACUUAUGGCACAGGUAUUGGGCGUACCUGGAACCACGACCGUGUGUUGCGGCCUGCUCGUGUUCUCUUUUCUGCAAGAAUGGCGGCCCGCCAGGGCAAGAAUUUUCAAUAUCCUCACGCCAAUUUUAUCCAGCUUCCUCCACGAGCUUAAGGACUGCCUUGAACCGAUCGCCCUUGGUGUGAGACUGGUGGUCCUCGUCCACAGACUAUACUGCAUCAUCUGGCAGUUCGGCGCCUACAUCGUCAACAGUCUUCCUUGGCACACGCUCAAGGAUACUGUUCUCCCAGUCACUUGCCUGGCCUUCAGAUAUCCUUUCUUCGCUUUUGUCGGUUUUGUUUUAGAGCUCAAAUUUCGGAUGAGCAGGGGUCGAGAGGACCUUAGAAAAGCGUUGAAGGAGAGAGACGAGCUCCGUGAGGAGGUAGGGCGGCUUAAAGAAGACAAUACAGCUCUGCGACUCCUGCAGGCGAGGCCCAAAGACAAUCAAGGAGUUUGGAUACGUGAGCGGCCGUCCUCUUCAGGACAACAGCACUCGCUCCAGCUCGAGCAACUCCGCAAGCAUCGCCGGCAGAGUCAGGCGGCACACAAGCAAAGCCAGCGAUGGCAGAAGUUGUUUGAAGAGCGCCAAGCCCGUAUCGACGAGCUCGAGGCCAUCGACGCCGACGUCGAGGCUCGCGUCCUAGCUGCCACCGCUCACAGAGAUGAACGCAUCCGAGCCUUGGAGGCCGAGAUGAGGACCGCAGCCGCUUCGGCGGCUUCGGAAGUCAAUGCCUUGACGUCGGCUCUUGAAGCUGAGAAGGCUAAGUCUGGCAAUCUCGAGUCUCUCCUGGAUUCUGAGAGGGUGGUCUCUCAGGGACUAGGUCAGGAUGUUGCUGUGCUUCGGCGCGCGAGCGACGAAGCGUCAGCACUCCUCGACAAGGUGAGGAUGGAGUCGGCUGAGGCCAAGAGAGCGGCUGCGGGCCUAGUUCGCCAACAGAAGGACGCUGAGAUCAGCGUCCUGAAGCAAGAGCUGGCAGAGGCACAGGCCGACGCCGACGCCGCCGCGGUUGUCGUCGCAGACACCGCAGAGAUUGGUGUCCAGACCGAUCUUCCUGCUGAGGCAUCUCCGGUGAUCAAGACGGUAGAUGUCAAUGACGCAGGCACUCAGACCAAGUGCAUCGGUUUGGACAUCCAGUCUCAGCUCGACGCGUCCGCGAACUGUGAGUCCAAGCUCCUGGAGACGAAGAAAGCCCUCGAGGAAAGAGGCAAGGAGCUGUUCGACACCAAGAAUGCUCUCGAGCAGAGAGGCAUGGAGCUCGCCAGUUUCCAGCACGCAUGGAAGAAAACCUCAGACUCCCUCAUUCAGUGCAAUGAGCAUCUUCAAAGAACCCUAAAGGAAGCAAGCGAGCUGCGUUCAUGCAACAACCGAGGCAACCAUCAGUUGCAGCUGACCCAGCGAGAGGUCCAGCAGCUCAAGGAAACAUUGGCCAUCCGCGAGGAGCAAGCCAACAGUCUCAUGAACCAGCUUCAGCAGUGUCAGAAGAGGGAUCAGCAGCAGCAGCCGGUUACUCAAGAAGUUCAGUACUGGAGAGAACGCACGGAAGCAAUCUCAAAUGAGAUGACAAGACUGCGAGCCGAGCACGUGGAGGUCAAAGGAAAACUGGAAGAAAUCCAGCAGAGACUCACGGCCGGCGCCAGCCAGUUCCAUAAACUGCAGCGAGACACGACGCAACAAUUAGAGGCAAAAGAGAAACGGGAGAAACAAUUGGAGGCUGAACUCGCGCGCCACAGAGACGCGCAGCGACUGGAUUACAACAGCCAAGUUGAAAGCCUCCAAAAGCAGGUCGUGAUCAAAGAUGAAGAGAUCCGUGGUCUCCGACGGCAGCUUGAUCAACAAAACAUGGCUGCGGAAGUGGCAGUGAGCACCCCUAAAUCUGACAGGAUUGGUGUGUCUCCCUUCCCGACGCCAACAAGGACUCCGAUCACGAAGGUACUUGAAAACACCAUCCUAGAACAUGAAAAGGACAAGAAGAGACACGCCCUUGAAAAGGAGCAGUUUGAACGAAGAAUCGCGGCGCAAGCCAUAGACAUCGUAACACUUCGGAAUAUGAACGAUCGACUGGAGGAAGAGAACGAGAGCCUGGAGGACGAGAACCAGAGACUGCAGGCCGAGAUCAAGAAGCUCCAGGACCAAAUUGAAGGAAAUGCCAUGACUGUUGGCUUUGCUGAAGCGUUCCUCGAAGAGGACAAAGAGGAGAUUAAACAAGCCCAAGAGGAGGCUGAAAGUUGGAAGACGCAGUACGACGAGGUGCAGGCGUCAGUGCAGAAUAUGCAACUCGAUCUGCAAUUCAAGGAAGGCCAGGUGGACGCGGCACGCAUGGAAGCAGACUUGUACAAGACACAGGUACAGAACCUGCAAGUACAACAAGCGCCCACACCGCAGCCUGAUCACCUCCCGUCGUUGCGGCUAAGGCCAAACAAGCGCAUCGCGAGCGAAGGCCUCAAGGAGGAACUCAAUCAACCAGGGCAGGAGAGAAAGAAGAUCAUGGCAAGAGGUCAUUACCAAGGUCAGCCACCUGAAGCUCGACGCCCACAAGUUCCGAUGGUCCAACCCUCUCAAGUGCAAACAUUCCAAUCUCAAUACCGGCCAAAUCCCCUCUUUCCCCGAGCGCAGGGAAUUCCGCUGCAGCUUCCACAGAUACAGGUCACUCAACCCCAACAGGCGCAGGUCACGCAGACCGCGGGGCAGGAAGAUGAAGAAGCCGAAGAGAACAUAGAUGGCUCCUCCAUCAUCUCGGAAGAAGGCUGA